AAACGUCGUAAUCGAGCCGAGUUUACCAUCACGUGAGCUUCGGCAACUUCGCCGUUUUUAUCGCAAUUCUCGCCUCACUUCGACGUGCCUCUCUCGUCGGCUUUCAAAAUUCCGGACUCUUCUCUGAGCAAAGCUGAGACCUUGUUGAAUCCCUGCUAGGAGGCAUGCGCUCUUACUCCGGCUGCCUGACUUGCAAAAGAAGGAAGUUGAAAUGCGAUGAAACGAAGCCAGAAUGCAGAAAAUGCAUUAAAGCGUCGCGUGACUGCGCUUAUGGAGAUCGGUCUAUCUUCCGUAGCCAGGAGGUUGGCUCAACGCCAGAUCGAGUAGUUCGGCGGGCCACUAGGUCCAGGGAGUCGACUACCUGGGUUGAUCUUCCAGCUCAAUGUACGUUUCGAAUUCAUAUGCAGCUUCAUAUGCUCAUAUAGAUUAGUCACAUUCGUCCAGGUGCGAGACCCUUGGGAUGAAGAGAGCUCAAGGGUCGCAGAGGCAAGAGAUGCAACGGCGGACUCGGAAGAUAAUGGCAUCAUAGAUAGGACUAGAGAGGCUAGUGAAGAAAACCGGGCUCUUGAAUCCCACCCAAUCGCACAUGAUAUUCUUGCGGCGACAUCUUCCUUCCACCAUACACCAAUUACCGCUCACUGCUCACCGCGAGAGCACGCUUCCCCGGUUUUUGGCACCAAUCGAUCACAGGAGCCGUUGGAAAAUGUACUCAUUGCAUACCUAUUGCGACACUUCAAGCAGGAGCCUGGCCAAUGGAUGGAUCUUUUCGAUACGACGUCUUAUUUUUCAUCCAAAGUGCCUGUCAUCGCGACAUCAAAACUUUUGCUGAAAUCGGCAGUUUGUGCUCUAUCUGCAAAGCAUCUUCGACAUGUCUGUCGAGUCAUGAGUCAAGCCGGUGUGGACCCCGGGUCUGUUCCCAAGUAUAGCGGCCUACCUUUCUCAAACGAAGAAAUGUGGCGAUAUCACUCAGCAAGAUAUUACGACCAAGCUCUUGGUCAUCUCAAGAUUGCUGUCAGUUCAGAAUCGUACUCCCACACCCUACAGGGUAAGGAAGAAAUGCUCGCCGCUGUCGCCAUUCUGUGCUCUUUCGAAUUGAUGGAUGCUCCGGGGAGUGCAUGGAGAGCUCAUCUAAGCGCCCUACCUCUCUUCGAUGAUAGAGCUGCUUCUGUGCCAGUGCAUUCUUCAAUCAUAAUUCCCCAGACGGCCGUCAAGGGCCCAAUAUUCUGGAGUUUAGCGAGGCAGGACUUGUUAUGUGCCUUCAUAAGCGAAACUCCAACUCGAUUGAAUUUGCAAGACAUGCGCCUCUGGCAGAAUGCGGGCUUAGCCACGGACGAGAAUGGAGAGAUUCUACCGUACAGUCCAUCAGAUGUAAUGCAGAAUCAAAAUACCUCUGGGCUCGAGGAAGACAUGAAGAGCAAUGAACUCACGUGGAUUCUGGGUAAAAUUGCAAACCAUCUGACGGCAGGAGACGCUUUAGUUCCAUCAAAUAAAACUUUGCCACGCCACCAGCGGCCCCUGGUCGGGUUGAGUCAGGAGCACCUCCUGGAACGAUGGAAUUUGUUAAUGGCUGAUCUAGAGAAAUGGCAUGACUCUCUUCCCGCAACAUUCAUUCCAACUGCUCGAACGCGGAGACUGGGUAGCGCAGCUUCGGGGUUUGAGCUGAGUUUUGAUACCUUCGACCAGAUCUGGUUUGACCUGCCACUAUGCGCAGCUUCAAUGCAGAGCUAUCAUCAAGCGAAGAUAUUGUUAUUUGCGAACGAGCCUCAGGAGUCCACAGCUAUUCGGUCAACCGUAUCAGCACGUUUAAGAUCCUAUCGACAUGCUCUUCGAGAAGUCGUCUAUCAUGCCCGGGAGGUUUGCGGGAUAAGUCUUGCAAAUUCAACCGAUCCUUUUAGAGUCAAUUCUGUGCAAGCCUUGUUUGUCGCUGGGCAAGUCUUCCAAGAGCGCUGCGAGCAGGACGCUGUUCUGGAAUUACUUUCUGGAAUUGAAAAGGAUCUUGGCUGGACUACUCGAUAUCAUGUGGCCAAGUUAAAGGAUGAGUGGGCAAAGAGCAGUGAACGCAAUCACUUUGACCGCGAUGAACAGGGCCACGACUCUAACUGGUUUAUUUCUUAGUGUGGGUUACAGCUGGAGGACUCAAUUACAGUGACUAGUUGCUCUCUUUCAAAUCCACAGAAAACUCAAUUCAACCCAUGAAAAUCUAGAUUAAGUAUCCUUUCG